AUGAAGGCCAAGGAGCUCUCCAAACAGGACAACUUUAAGCCGUACACUCUAAAGCUGGCCUUCAUGAAGGAGUACAUGAAGGAGUACAUGAAGAACCCCAUCCACACAGUGAAGCAUGAGCAUAGUGAGGAAGAGGCUGCGGGUGCCCGUUCCAUAGACCUGCAUAAGACAAGAGGACGCCGAGGGACGGUCCACCAGCCAGAGGAGAGAGAUUAUACUGUGGAUGGGACAUCUUCUUUGUUUGAAGCUAAAAUUCUCAUACCGGUUACUAUCAUUUGCAUUGUGUUGUUUGUGUUGGGCGUGACAGGGAACCUGAUAACAAUUCUGAUAUUUAAAAGGUACAAAGACAUGCGGUCUACGGUUAACAUGUACCUUUCCAGUAUGGCUGUCUCCGACAUUCUUAUUUUCCUCUGCCUGCCAUCAGACCUGUACAGGAUUUGGAAGUACAAGCCUUAUAUAUUUGGAGACUUUAUCUGCAAGUUUUUGAUUUACCUGAGCGAGACCUGUACAUACAGCACAAUUCUUCACAUCACCACAGUGAGCGUGGAGCGAUAUCUGGCGAUUUGUUUUCCCUUGAAGGCCAAGAUUAUGAUCACGAAAAAGAGGGUGAAAAUCAUUAUCGGCAUUUUGUGGAUCAUUGCCUCGGUAACUUCAGGACCAGUUUUAUUUCUGUUUGGUGUAGAGCACACUCAUGGAACUCAGCCUGCAGAAACUAUAGAAUGCAGGCACUUGGACAGCUCCACCCAGAGUGGUCUUCUGCGCAUUGCCAUAUGUGUAUCCACCAUAUACUUUUUCAUACCCACUUUCUUUCUCACGCUGCUUUAUGGACUUAUCUGUAAGAAGCUUUGGAGCAACACGAAUGACAUUCAGGGCCCAACUGUCACAAACAGAGGGAAACACCACAAACAAACUGUAAAAAUGCUAGCUCUUGUCGUUCUGUCCUUCGUGCUGUGCUGGCUUCCUUUCCACAUUGGUCGUCUUUUGUUUGUCUGGGCUGGAAUUGGAGAAUUCAUGUUUUAUGAUCUUACACAGUACUUUAACCUCAUUUCUAUGGUUCUCUUCUACCUGAGUGCCUCCAUCAACCCCAUGCUGUACAACAUUAUGUCACAGAAAUACAGGGCUGCCAUGAGCAAGAUCUUGAAACCAAGACAAGAUUCACAGCUUAGGAACACCACAAGGAGUGAGCAGGCAUCUUUGGAAGGGACAGAGAUCACUUCUUUUAAGUAA